GUCGCGUUGAGGCCAUCUGCAUUCCGCCAGCGUGUUCUGAAUAGCCGUGUGUGUGACAAAUUACUGAGUCGUGCUAUGCCGAGCCCGCGUGCCAUCGGAGAGCGGGCCGAUCACGUGGCUCACCGGAUUUCUCAUCUACGGGGCCCCUCACUCGCUUAUUUGCGUCAUGUGGGCGUGCAGUGGCUGAACCCUUUUCCCAACCCAAGGUCCCAAGCCCAAGUGCGAUCGCCGAAGCACACUUAAAAACGGUUGCCCGUGAUGCCUACCCCAGUGUCCCCACUCGAAAGAAUCCCUGUGCCAUGAAAACGACGUCUGCGCUGCUCGCUCUAGCUGCGCUUGUUGCCACCUCGGGCAUCGACGCCAAACACUCCUCUGACGUUCCCUGGAACACCUCUCUAUCUCCGCCCCCGUCAACGGACGCUACCUGCACCGAACGCACAGCGGCGAGCCGUUCUUCUGGCAGGCUGAUACUGCGUGGGAGCUGUUCCACCGACUAAACCGCACCGACAUCGACUUCUACCUACGUGACCGCGCCAGCAAGGGUUUCAAUGUCAUCCAGUCGGUCGUCAUCUCCGAGCUCAAUGGGACGACGUUCCCCAACUUCUAUGGCCAGCUUCCCAUAUUGACGCCGACCCCACACGACCAAACGACGCGUACUUCGAGCACGUCGACUGGGCAGUAAAGCGUGCCGCCGAGCACGGAAUCCUGAUUGCUCUGGUGCCAACGUGGGGGAUGUACAUGAACUGCGGGUGGCACAAUGGGCCUGUGAUCUUCAACAAGACGACGGCGGAAAUGUGGGGCGAGUACAUUGGCCGCCGGUAUCCGGGUCUCCCGAAGAUCAUCGGCGCGGACUCGAACGCUUUCUGGGCUUGCAAUACGUCUGCUGCGCAGGAUGCCUUCCGUGCCGAUCCGGCGCUAGACCCCAACACAUUAUUGGGUCCUAUCGAGGACACCCGGGAUAUCUGGAGCAAGAUGGCCCGUGGUCUCAACACUUCGGAGGCGGCGGCGGGUUUCCAAGCAUUUUACACGUGGCAUCCCACCAACUCGUGGAUAUCAACUCCGGACACGGGCUUGCCGUACGGCCACAAUUAUAUGAACGGGUCGUUCGGUCGUGUUUCGAUGGAUGCAGUCCAAUCGGGACAUAAUAUCCCGGAUCCCAAUAGCCUAGAUGCUGGAUUUACUCCCAUCAGCGGCUGGGACAGCACCAAGAACUACGAGAACACAGCGACGAUGCGGGCAGCCUUUUCGGGUCCCGUGGUCGACCUGGAGAACCAUUACGAAGGCGCAUUCAUUGGUUUCAACAGCUCCCGGCCGCUAUGGAAUGACUCGGUCGUCCGUCACGGCUUGUGGUCCGCCGUGCUGAGUGGCAGCGCGGGGUUUACAUACGGAGCGCAUGCUAUCUGGCAGUUCUACGCCCCCCUCGAUCAACUCGCGCGGCCGGACCUGUUCUUGGAGCCCCAGCUUUCCCAGCCGGCCAACCAGAGCUGGCGUGAUGCACUGCAUUUCCCGGGAUCGAAGCAGGCGGGCUAUGUGCAGAAGCUGUUCGGCAAGUUGGACAAAGAGACGUUCAAUGCUAUGCAGCCUGAUCGCUCGUUCAUUGUCGACAAGGAUGUUCUUGCUUUCGAGGCCAACCGGUACGUUGCCGCCUUGGUCUCCACGGAUCGCUACUGGGUCUACACCGGCUUCGGUGAUACCUUCACUCUUGACCUGGAUAGCCUCGGGAGCCAUCUGAAGGCGUCGAAAGCUAAAGCAAAAGCCCAAUGGUACGACCCCCGCAGUGGACAGCACAAGCAUGUCGCAGAGGGGGCGGUCUUUGCGCUGAAAGGCAACAAGACAUUUGUCCCGCCGACAAGUGGUAGUGUUGACCAUGAUUGGGUCUUGGAGUUGCGGGCGGAAAAAUGAGUGGUAAAUAACGAAUGUUGACGUCUAAUAUCUCUCCCAUGUAUCAACUGCUCUAUGUCCGAUACUGCCUGUCUUCGACGGUCACUUGAUCGUUGAUAGUUGUCUCGCUUUUAUACGGACUCUUCGCACGUCUUACAGUUUGAUUCUGGACAGAGUUAUGUGUCUUCCAAGAACAUCGUAUCUUCCACUGUGCCAUCUCUGAUUGCGCCGAGGGUUGACUUACAGGCACACACAUCUCUUAGCCCACAGCCCGCAGUUCAAAUACGAGGUUGGACGUCCAAGAAGUCCAGAAGCCGAAUACUCCCGUCGGGUUUCCGGACACUGGGACAUAAAACUGUUGAAAUUCGGCUCGAGAGUGGGACAGUCUGUACUGAUUGGAAGUGCAAGAGAUUCGUUUCUCUCAUAUCGUGACAAGGAGUCUGGGCCCUCCACCGUAAGAAUCUGAUUUCAGAUCAACGUUGUUCGCUCUACAGAGCGGAUGACCUCAGGCGACUGUUCGUCGAAGUCACCUGCAUCCCGCAAAGCGUAAUCGUAAUUGCCGCGUGUGUGACAAAAUUGAUGAGCCGCGCCAUGCCGCGCCAUCUUGUGCCAUCGGAAACCGGGCCGAUCACGUGGAGGAGCAAGAAUUCCCAUUUAUGGGGUCACUCCUGUCUACCUACUCUCACCGAUUUCCGUCAUGUGGGGUACUUCUCUCGCGUCGAGUCCGAAAACAUUCUGCACACCCGACCACGAUUGACGUGGAUCUGAGAACACUUCUGUUCACGAGUGCCAAUGAAGAUAACGUCCCUGCUUCUCGCUGUAGCCGCGCUCGCAAACUCAGGUAUCCAGGCCAAACAGUCUGACGUUCCCUGGAAACAUCUCUCCAUCUCCGCCCCUGUUAAUGGACGACACCUACACCGAACAAUCACCGGCGAGCCGUUCUUCUGGCAAGCAGAUACUGCAUGGGAGCUGUUCCACCGACUGAACCGCAGCGACAUCGACUUCUACCUACGUGAUCGCGCCAGCAAGGGGUUUAAUGUCAUCCAGUCGGUCGUCAUUCCGGAACUGAAUGGGACGACGUUCCCCAACUUCUAUGGCCAGCUGCCCAUCUUUGACGCAGACCCCACCCGACCGAACGAGGCGUACUUCGAGCACGUCGACUGGGCAGCGAAGCGCGCCGCCGAGUAUGGAAUUCUCAUCGCGCUAGUACCGACAUGGGGGAUGUAUGUGAACUGCGGGUGGCACAAUGGGCCUGUGAUCUUCAACAAGACGACGGCGGAGAUGUGGGGCGAGUACAUUGGCCGCCGGUAUCCGGGUCUCCCGAAGAUCAUCGGCGCGGACUCGAACGCUUUCUGGUCUUGCAAUACGUCUGCAGCUAUGAAUGCUUUCUUUGCCAAUCCGACGCUGGAUCCGAACACAUUGUUAAGUCCCAUCGAGGACACCCGGGAUAUUUGGAGCAACAUGGUCCGUGGUUUUAACAAAUCGGAAGCCGCGGCGGGUUUCCAGGCAUUCUAUACAUGGCAUCCCACGGGUGCAUGGCGAUCAACACCUGACACAGGCUUGGCAUACGGUCACAACUAUAUGAACGGAUCGUUCGGUCGCCUUUCAAUGGAUGGAGUGCAAUCGGGCCAUACCAUCCCGGACCCUAAUACCAUUCAAUUCACUCCCCUUACCAGCUGGGACAGCACCAAGAAUUACGAGAAUACAGCAGCGAUGCGUGCGGCCUUUUCGGGUCCCGUGGUCGACCUGGAGAACCAUUACGAAGGCGCAUUUGUAGGCUUCAACACCUCCCGGCCGCUCUGGAACGAUUCGGUCGUCCGCCACGGCCUGUGGUCCGCCGUGCUGAGCGGUAGUGCGGGAUUCACAUAUGGAGCAAAUGCUAUCUGGCAGUUCUACGCCCCCCUCGACCAACUUGCACGGCCGGACCUGUUUAUAGAGCCCCAGAUUGCUCAGCCAGCGAACCAGAGCUGGCGCGAUGCGCUGAAAUUCCCGGGAUCACAACAAGCAGGCUAUGUGCAGAAGUUGUUCAGCAAGCUCGACAAAACGACGUUCAAUGCCAUGGAACCUGAUCGCUCGUUCAUUGUCGAGAAAGACGUUCUCGCUUUCGAGGCCAACCGAUAUGUCGCUGCUUCGAUUUCUACGGAUCGCUACUGGGUCUACACUGGCUUCGGCGACACAUUCAGCCUCAAUUUGGAUAGCCUCGGGAGCCAUCUGAAGGCGCCGAGCGCUAAAGCACAGGCCCAGUGGUAUGACCCGCGCAGUGGUCGCUCCAGGAAUGUCACAGAGGGGGCUAUCUUUGCGCUGAAAGGUAGCAAGACAUUUGUUCCGCCGACAAGUGGUAGUGUUGACCACGACUGGGUCUUGGAGUUGCAGGUGGAAAAAUGAGCAAUAAAUAAUCAAUGAUAACGUCUGAUGUGUCAUUUAUGUACUGAUUACUCUAUCCCUCAUGCUGCUUGACUCUAUCGUUAACUUGAGUGCGGGUUUUGGCUAGCUUUUAUCUGCCCUGGAACACCUAGAGCUCGCUACGGAUUCUCACAUGCCUGGCAGCUUAGAGUCUUGGACUGAAUAUCAUCAUGUCGUCCUCUGAACCACUGAGCCGUCCUUCGAAAGCGCCGAGGGGUCAACUCGCGGACCUAUCUCUUCACUCAGAACCGCCGAGCAAAC